UUCAACCCCCCCCCCCCCCCCCCUCCCAUUCUGCCAAUCCUUUCUCUUCCCAAUUCUACAUUUUGCAAACUGUUUGUGUUUACGGGAGAGAGAUUGAGAAUGGGAGGGAAGAAAUUUGGGGUUCUGCUGUGCGCAGAGGACUCGGACUUUGUGAAGAAGAUGUACGGUGGGUAUUUUGGGGUGUUUGUGAAAAUGCUGGCGGAGGAAGGCGAGACUUGGGACCUGUACCGCGUGGCCUGCGGUGAGUUUCCCGACGACGACGAGGUCGAGAGCUACGACGGGUUUGUUAUCUCCGGGAGUAGCAGAGACGCUCAUGGGAAUGAUGCUUGGAUCUGCCGACUCUUGACCCUCUUGACCAAACUGGAUUCCCUCAAGAAAAAGGUCCUCGGCAUUUGCUUCGGCCAUCAGAUAUUAAGUCGUGCACUGGGUGGCAAAUCUGGUAGGGCUAUCACAGGGUGGGAUAUCGGAAUCCGAACCGUCCACUUGUCAUCGUCUUCCAAGAUCUUCUCCUCCCUCAAGAUUCCAGCUCUUCUCUCCAUCUAUGAGAUCCAUCGAGAUGAGGUGUGGGAACUUCCACCAAAGGCUGAGCUAAUUGCAUGGUCGGAAAAGACUGGGGUUGAGAUGUUCAAGUAUGGUGAUCACAUCAUGGGCAUCCAAGGCCACCCUGAAUACACCAAAGACAUUCUUCUUAACCUCAUUGAUCGUCUCGUCAAGCUUAACUUCAUCUUGGAUUCCGAAACUGAGGAGUUGAAGGCAAAGGUGCUUGCUCGUGAACCAGAUAGGGAGGCAUGGAGAAGGCUGUGCUUAAACUUUCUGAAAGGUGGAUUAUGAUGAAACAUUACGAGUUAGGAGGGAUCAACAAAAGUUGAAAAAUAAAAAUGUAAAUAUGCAGGGUUUUGAGGAGAGGCUAAAAGGUUUUGUGUUUCAGUGUGACUGACAGUAUUUGCGAAGGCUUAAGGAUGCAAGUAGGAGGCAAUUAUUUAUCAACUCUAUGUCUUUAAUUUGGCAUCAAAGUGUAAUUCCAAGGGAAUUUGCAGGGUCAGUUAUGCUAAUAAACUUGAAGUUUAAAAAGUGUUUUAAGCACUGAUUCUUAAUUUCAUCAACAAUAUUAGUUCGUUUUCGCUUGAAGAA